AUGAGCAAAGAAUAUUUGCUGUAGCUUCUAUAAAAAAUCCCAAUGAAGGACGAUAGUCCGAAGUUAGUUUUGAAGCAAAAGCCAAACCCAUUCAUAGAAUUUGAUAAAGAUUCCUUAACAGCCACUUAUGUAGGAAAAAAUUUGAUAUAUAGCGACACAACUUCCAUACAAAGCAACAGACCUGCUGAUAGAGAAAAUCUUAUAUUCUACUAUGAAAUAACAAUUAAAGAUUUAGCAAAAAGCGAUAUUAGUGUAGGAUUUGCAGAUUCAGAUUUCCCGAUGAAUAAGCAUCCAGGACAUACCAAAAACUCUUAUGGGUACCAAUCAGAUGGCUCAGUAUACUCCAAUAAGAAAGCACAAAAGAGGCUUUGGAAGAUGAAAGAUUUAGACGUUAUAGGAUGUGGAAUUAAUUAUUUAAAAAAGGAAAUAUUUUUUACACACAAUGGAAUAUUGAGUGGUCCUAUAUUUUAUGAUAUUGAUUCUACAGAUUAUUAUCCAACCUUAGGUAUGCAUGGACCUCGACAGAAAGUUAAAUUUAACUUUGGACAGGAGAAAUUUAAAUUUGAAUUACAGUCAUAUAUACAGUAAGAAAAGGAAGCUAUUCUUUAAAUUAUAUUAGAAAAUGAAGUUCAUCAUUAUGACAUACAUUAAGUUGUUUAAUCUUACUUAUAUUUCAAUGGAUAUUUUGAAACUUUAAAUGCAUUUGAAUCUGCUUCUAAAAUGCAGAGAGAAUCAACUCACUUAAUUGUGAAAGAUAAUGUAGAUGGAUUGAACCCUAUUUAGGUAGAUUAGAUAAGAAAACAUAUUGAACAAAAGUAAAAAGAAUUAAUGCAAGCAGUUUAAUAAAAUUAAGAUAGUAACAAGUGCAACAAUAGCAAAUUAGCAGCUGAAAAAAUGACAGGAGAAGAAGAAAAUUCAUAUUCAUUAUUAGUUGGUGGAGAUUCUAAUUUAUAAUGUCAUUCUUUUUAGACGUCUUAGAUGAAUGAAAAUUCUAUAUCAUUGUUAGGCACAAAUGUUAAUUCUAAUUUUGAGAAAAUUCAUGUUGAAGAAGAUGAGGAAGAAUCUAAAAAACAAGAUAAUGGCAUUAAAAUCCACAAGGAUAAUAGUUAAAAUGGAAAUAUUUCUAACAUUUUAAAAGAAGCUAAUAAUUCUAAUAUAACAGAUUAAUUAAACUUAAGUGCAUCUACAGCAAUUACAUAACAAGAAACAAAUCUUUUAAAUUAAAGCAAUUUUAUAAAUGGGAAUUAAUGUAGCUAAUCUAUUAGAGAACAACAUUAAAAUUAAGAAUAGAAUAAUAACGGAGUAGUAAAUUAAAAUAGUGAAAGUAAAAACAAUCAUUAAAACUAAUAAACUAAAAGCAACGGGAAUAAUCAUGCUACUAAUACAAACAAUAAUAACAUUAAUAAUAAUUAAAAUAGCUAAUCUAAUUCCAAUCAUGAAUCCAAUGGUAACCACAACAAUCCAACUAAUUAAUAAAAUUAAAAUAAUAAAAAUGUAGAUAACAGAAACAUUCAUAGUAAUAAUUCGAGCAACUAUCAUAUUUCUAUAUCAAAUAAAUAAAAUUAAAACUAAAUGUAAAUUGAAAUAGACUCUCCUCUUUUCAAAAAAUCUAUGCCAUUUGAGAAAUAACCAGAGAAAGUAUCUUCGAAAGAUGGUAUUUUUAGUAAUGGUUUGUUAGAUGAAUAGGGCUGUUUAUCAGGAGGAGAGUAAAGCUAGAAGCAAAAUCUUUCCCCACAAAUUGUUUUACAGAAUACUUUAGAGUAGAACAAAGAUAUCCUAGAGUAAUUUAGGAGUGAUGUCUUAAAACUAAUUGCAAUCGGUAAGUGCGAGGAAUGCAUUAAAAAGAUAUAGAAUGAACUACCUUAGUUAAUUCUUUCAUCGAAAGAAAUACUUCCUAACUUGUAUGCAUAGGCCUUCAUAGAAAGAAUUAAUAAUGGAUAAAUCAUAGAGGCAAUUAUUUUUGCACAAAAAAAUCUAAGUGCCUACUAAAACGAGACUUUCUAUUCUUAUAAUGAGAAUGGAUUUGUUAUUCCUAUUUCUAUUAAUGAAUUGAUGGGAUUAGUGGCGAUAAAAGAUUAUUCAAAAUAUACUGGAUUGUAAUUCUUAUUAAGUCAAAAUCAGAGAUACAUCAUCUAGGACUUGAUUAACAAAUCGAUUCUAAAUUUGUUUGGAUGCGCAGAUGUGUCAAUUCUAGAACUGAUCCUAAAGCAACUCUAGCUCAUAGCAAAUCGUUUCAAAUAAGAAAAAUACUACAUUGGAGAAAUAUAUAAUCUUAAAGUUUGA